AAGUUCCAACCAGCUUUGUUUACCAACUUCACGCUCGCGCUCAGUUGUUUUUGAAGUCCGUAAAAUUACGUUUGCUAUUUAUGACAUGGUUUAUGCAACAUGAACGUUAAACGUGACUUCGCGCUAACUUUAUAGCGUAACCUUACGCGAUGGCGAGCGGCUCUUGAAAGCAGUGAAUGGGAUCGGAAAGCAUUGCGAGCAAAUCAGCUGAUUAUUUGACGCACUGUCAACACUCAUGAUUCUAGAUCUCUGCUGUUUGUACGAAUUAUAUGCGCCUAAACCAAACCAAUGCGGUAGAACUGCCAAGAACUUAACUCCGUUUUUUUUUAUCUGUAGCUGCUUCUGUGUGAAACUCCACUGGAGUGUAAUGUGUGUAACGUUAGUGUGAGAGAUCAGAGUGAGCUGAGAAGAUGCCGUGCACAUGCGGGAACUGGAGGAGGUGGAUUCGGCCUCUGGUGGUGGUGCUCUACAUCCUGCUUCUUUUGGUUGUUCUUCCACUGUGUGUAUGGGAACUGCAAAAAUCAGAGGUUGGUACUCAUAAUAAGGCAUGGUUCAUCGCGGGGAUAUUUGUGUUUAUGACUAUCCCCAUCUCAUUAUGGGGGAUCCUGCAGCAUCUAGUACACUACACCCAACCUGAGCUACAAAAACCUAUUAUCAGAAUAUUAUGGAUGGUUCCUAUAUACAGCCUGGACAGUUGGAUCGCUUUGAAGUAUCCCAACAUUGCCAUCUACGUAGACACAUGUAGAGAGUGCUACGAGGCCUAUGUCAUCUACAAUUUUAUGAUCUUCCUUCUCAACUACCUGGGAAACCAGUAUCCCAGUUUGGUGCUCAUGCUGGAGGUCCAGGAGCAACAAAAGCAUCUGCCCCCGCUUUGCUGUUGCCCACCGUGGCCCAUGGGAGAAGUGCUUCUGUUGAGAUGCAAACUAGGAGUUCUGCAGUAUACGGUUGUGAGACCAGUCACCACAGUCAUUGCUUUGAUUUGUCAGCUUUGCGGGGUCUACGAUGAAGGAAACUUCAGUUCAAAAAAUGCCUGGACGUACCUGGUUAUCGUCAACAAUCUGUCUCAGCUUUUUGCCAUGUAUUGUCUUGUGCUAUUCUACAAGGCUCUGAGAGAAGAGCUCAGUCCCAUCAGACCUGUAGGCAAAUUCCUCUGUGUCAAGCUGGUGGUGUUUGUCUCAUUCUGGCAAGCUGUGUUCAUUGCACUUUUAGUGAAGGUUGGCGUGAUCUCAGACUCUCACACCUGGGACUGGGACAGUGUGGAGGCUGUAGCCACAGGUUUACAGGACUUCAUCAUAUGUGUGGAAAUGUUUUUGGCAGCCAUUGCCCAUCACUUCAGCUUUACUUACAAGCCCUACAUACAGGAAGCAGAGGAAGGUUCCUGCUUUGAUUCCUUCCUGGCCAUGUGGGAUAUUUCAGACAUACGGGCUGACAUCUCAGAACAAGUGCGCAAUGUUGGGAGAACAGUCAUGGGUCGUCCAAGGAAAAACUAUUUUGGCGAAGAGGCGAACCAAGAUGAGAACAGAGGUCUACUGUCAGCUGGUUCACAGGAUGCCGCUAUUGAAUCAUCCUCCAAUCCUCCAUCACCAAAGGGCCGGUAUCAGGGAAUGGGCCACACAGUAACCCCUCACUCCAUCUCUGCUCCUGCCAAUCUUGGCUGUGUACCAUGGGAAGGAGAUGUUGAUGAUAUCCCUCCUACAGGGAUACCCGACGAUCACACAACCCAACAGGACUCAGACUAUGCACCAAUCAUUUAGCAUUACAGAGUUUGAGCUGCCAAAGCUAUUAUAGCUAAUGGGCGUUAAUAUAACGUGCAUUGGCUACCAUAUGGAAUAUAUGCAUUCACUGUUAACACUGGUAACUCAUCAUAGCCAGGGGUUAAUAUGUGUUCAGAGAGGCUCAGUGCGGAUUUGGUAGCAAGAAGAAAUAUGAAGAGCAGUGUUGGACCUCAUUUUUUAUCUCCGUUUGGUUUUAUUUUGUUGGAAACCUGACCAAAUUGGUUUUAAACUGACCUAAGAGCCAAGCACAGUAAUUAGUGUAUUCAGUUCAUGGUACUUUUAAGACAGCUUUAUGAAUGUUUACUCUGAAGCCCAAUGUAUACUUCAGUAUUUUAUGGGUAUACUGCAGUAUGUGCACAGUCGAACACAAGCUUUUUAAAGUAAUCUUCAUUUGAUAGAAUGAACACAGGUGCCAGAUGCAUGUACACUACAAAUUUUGCUACAUCAAUUCAAGCCAGUGUCUAAUGAGGAAAAUGAUGGAAGAACUAGUUGAUUCAACCUGAACCUUCAUCAAAAGCAUGACAUGAGUAGGAGAAAACACUAUCUAUGAAAUAUUUGUGCUGUGUACUGUACUUGAAAACAUGUGUACGCAUAAAAAGUGAGGUAUACAUGGGGUUUACAGGGAUAGGUCAACCAAAAGGAUGUUUUUUCCCUUACACUCUAAACUUGUAUGAAUUUAUUUCUUCUGUUGAACAAAAGAAGAUAUUCUGAAGAAUGUUGGGGGAAAAAAUCAGCCAUUGACAUCCACAGUACACUCACAAAAUGACUGUUGCUGCCUUUUCAAAAUACUUAUUUAAAAUGAGUUGAAACAACACAAUUCUUUUGUGGGAUUUUUGGAACAGCUCAAACUAAAUUUGUAAACUUAAUCGAUUUGUGUUGGGACAACAUGAAGUAUUUGUGAAGAACCCAGCAUUUUUUUAAGUGUGUGAACAAAUACAAUGCUAGUUAAUGACUGAUUCUUCCAACAUUCUUCAUUAUAUCUUCUGUUUGGGUUCAACAGAAACUCAAACAGGUUUGGAAAAAUGGAGGAUGAAUAAAUGAUGACAGGAUUUAAAUUUUGUGGUGAACUAUCCCUUUAGGAAAUAAUAUGUAUUAACACUACAACUUUUUUUUAAAUUUUCAGUACUGUCCUGUAUUUUGUUUUUAAUGUCUUUUAAUCCAUGACAUCUGUUACUUUCUGGAAUUUUUCCGUAAAUCGAAAUAAUUUCUUUAUAUUAUUAUUUUAAAAACAGCACCUUCAACAUGAUGGACAGUAAUAUGAAAUUGCCAGAAUGCCAUGGAGAUUUGCACCAUUUUGUCUCAGCUGAAUAUAUGCAUGAAAUAGAGGGUAGAGCAACUACAUCAGCUCUAAAGCACAACAUAGUGAAGCAGUCAUAUCUCUGCUUGCUUUGCUUUAGAGCUUAGCAACUUCCUUCAGUGAAGCUCCAUAAACGGCUAUGCCAUUAUUCUUUAUUUCCAUUUCUUUAAUUAAUUGCAGUUUUAUAACUAAAAAAGGUUUAGGUUUAAAACUUAAUUCAGAAACAUAUACAAAAAAUAUAAAAUACUGACUUCACGUUCACAUCGGGGAAUGAUGCAAUGUCUAAAUAUCAACCAAAGUUGUCUUCUUGCUCUUAAAAGAUUUGUUCUCCACAAAAAAACUGCUAUCCUUCUUUUCCUCAUGUCAUUCCCAACUUAUUAGAAUUAAGUCAAAUAUUUGAGUAACAAGUGAAAGUAUUUUUAACGAAAUCUUAGGAACUGACCUCUAUAAUGGUCCUUUCAUCUCAAACAAGUUUACCUUAUUUGAUUUGCUCUUUGUGUAAGGUCAAAGUUUAUGUGAAUGAAAGUCGAAGGUGUCAAACUCAGUUCCUGAAGGAUGCGCAGCCCCGUAGUGUAGUUCCAUCCCUGCUCCAACAAACUUACCUAUAGGUUUCAAAUAAGCCUGAAGGACUCAAUUAGUUUGAUCUGGUGUGCUUAAUUAGAGUUGGAACUAAACUGUGCAGAGCUGCGGCCUUCCAGGAACAGACACCUGUGGUCUAAAUGAAAUGAAAUUAUUACCAUAGUCACCAUUGCUGCGUCCCAAUUCACAUACUUAUACUAAGCCAAGUAUGCAGUAUCUUUAUAUAAGUAGCCUAUUUUCGGCUUAGUCCCUUUAUUAGUAUGGGGUUGCCACAUCGGAAUGAACUGCCAACUCAUUCAUUCAUUCAUUUUCUUGUCUGCUUAGUCCCUUUAUUAAUCUGGGGUCGCCACAGCGGAAUGAACCGCCAACUUAUCCAGCAUUUGUUUUACACAGCGGAUGCCCUUCCAGCUGCAACCCAUCACUGGGAAACAUCCACACACACUCAUUCACACACAUACACUUUUUAGCUUACCCAAUUCACCUAUACCCUGUCUUUGGACUUGUGGGGGAAUCUGAAGCACCCGGAGGAAACCCACACAAACACAUGAAGAACAUGCAAACUCCGCACAGAAAUGCCAACUUACCCUGUUGGGGCUUGAACCAGUGCUCGAUUGUGCUACCCACUGUGCUGCCCUAUGCACUUUUUUUGUAAAGGAACAAUAUAUACUUUCCUCAUUAACAGAUCGAUAUGUUGCUUAGUUACGUCACCCUCAUCUCGAAACGUCAUUCACAUUUCUUUCCUAUUUAAUUUCCUACCUUAUUGGAGAAACGGUAGCAGGUCUCUUUCAUGCAGAGAAAUCUCCUCAGGUCUUUGUGUAAUUUUGCAUUCAGAAGUUAAUGUCCAAACAUAUCUUGAUAUAAGUUCACAUCGUUGUUGCAGAUGAAACAUAACAUCAAAAAUAUGGUUUAAGUAUGUUCCAGUUGGCAAGAUAUUGAUUGACAGUCUUUCAAACAACUUUACCGAAGCCUCUCUAUUUGACGGUUGGUCUCGCGUGUCCGCCAUGAUUGUAGUUUGUUUACACUGUUCACCCGCGUUUGUAGUACUAAUCAAUCUCACGUCCAACGUGCAAUGUACUGUGGGAAAUAUUAGCGGUUGAAGUAUGGACUCUUCUACACCUUGAUUUUUUCAAUUUAUUUACUGGAAAUAGGCAUACUUUGGCACACUUUUCAACAUACUCUGGUUUAAUUCUAUUUUUAAAUACUAUAGGAUGGAUAGUAUGCAAACUGGGCAGAACGAUGGCGAAGUGGGUAGCACAAUCACCUCACAGCAAGAAGGUCGCUGGUUCGAGCCCCGGAUGGGUCAAAUGGCGUUUCUGUUUUGAGUUUGUGUGGGUAUUCUCCAGGAGCUCCGAUUUCCCACACAAGUCCAGAGACAUGGUAUAGGUGAAUUGGGCAAGCUAAAUUGUCCGUAGUGUAUGUGUAUGAAUGUUUCCCAGUAAAAGGUUGCAGCAGGAAGGGCAUACACUGCAUAAAACAUAUGCUGGAUAAGUUGCCGGUUCAUUCUGCUGUGGUGACCCUAGAUUAAUAAAGGGACUAAGCCAAAAAGAAAAUGAAUGAAUGAGUAUGCGAAUUGGGACACAGCACUAGUCUCUUCCGAAGACUUGGGUUAUCCCGCUUGAUUUAUUUUGAUUCCAUGUUCAUGAACUAUCUGAAGUGUGAACAUUUCAGCACAAUCUCACAGCAAUGUUUAUAACUUUUUAAUUUAAUUGCAAAUUUGUAUGAUCGCAUUCGUAUGUUUUAGCAUGAUUUUCUCCUCCCCCAAUGGUAGUUGGGUUUAGGGGUGCAGUUUGGGGUCACACCUUUUAAAAAUCACAUGUUCUUGUACAAAUAAAAUCGCCUAAAUUUGUACAAAUUAGCCAAUAUUUUGACAAUAGGUAAUAGUUAUGUUUCCUCUUGAGAUUGGGCUGGAACGUUUUGGUCAAGAGGAAAAAAAAGUUUCAUUACAAAUAUUUUCAUUUUGAAUGACUUGAGGGUGAAUAAUUGAUGACAAUUAGUAUUUUAGGGGAACUUUCUCUUUAAGAAACUGUCUUUUUCUUUCUUUGUUUUUUUACUUCAGCUUUUCACUAUCUGUUAGUACUCCGAAAUCAGUUGCACAUGAGCUAUAAAUGUCUGUGUAUAUGAUAUAUAGAAUUACUGCAAGAGCAGAUUGUUCUGUCAAUACAGAUGUGGACCUGUGGGAAAUAGUCCCAUUUAUUUGUUUUUAUGAACUGUCAUAAGUCUCUCUUUUCCAUGGAGAGAGAGAUGCACCUUUUGCGAUGGUUUGUACGGCCGUUGCAUUGCCUUAUCUAACAGUGGUUGUCACAGAUAUUAAACUUCACAUGAAAAUA